GCAGCAGCAGCAGCAGCAGCAACCCUGGCCAAGCACACUUGUUCAAAGACCCUGCAUUGGAAUAUCUAAGCCCUCAGGACAGAAGAAGGGCCAGACGCGGAAGGCGCCUCUCCGCCAGAUUGACAGGUAGUAUUACUUGCUGAAGGUCAAACUGAAGGGCUCAAGACUUUGGCAUGCAUUCUCUGCUUAGAAUGACCUGGAAACUUGCUUUAUCCUUCUUUCUCGUAUCUGCUCUGGUUCAAUUGUCAGAAAGCAGGAAAACCCGCCCUGCAGGUGCCAUCCCCUCGCCUUACAAAGACAGUCGCAGCAACAACUCGGAGAGGCGGCAACAUCUAAACAAAGAGGUGCUGGCCUCAAGCCAGGAGGCCCUCGUGGUCACUGAGCGGAAGUACCUGAAAAGCGACUGGUGCAAAACGCAGCCACUGCGGCAGACCGUCAGCGAGGAGGGCUGCUUCAGCCGCACCAUCAUCAACCGCUUCUGCUACGGCCAGUGCAACUCCUUCUAUAUCCCGCGGCAUGUGAAAAAGGAGGAGGAGUCUUUCCAGUCCUGUGCCUUCUGCAAGCCUCAGAAGGUCACCUCCUUCACCGUGGAGCUAGAGUGCCCUGAACUGGACCCCCCGUUCCGACUUAAGAAAAUUCAGAAGGUCAAGCAGUGCCGAUGUAUGUCUGUGAACCUGAGCAGUACAGGGAAACAGCAAAAGUGAGGGCAGGCAGCUGACCCUGCCAGAGUUGCCGUGGCCUCUCGUUCUUCAUAGACAAGCUAGCUGUUUGUUUUUCCUCCUGGUUGAGUCAUUUCUGGAACAGUGCCAUUUGCACCAUUUGCCGACUGGAAAUAAAGGUUGCUCUGGGCUGGCCAGAGGCUUCAGUGGCUGUUUUUUGUUGUUGUGUUUGUUUGUUUGUUU